UGUGUCUUGUGUUGAUGAAUGUAGGCUAGUUAUGAGUGGAUCAAUGAAAAUCGUAAACUAGCGGAGAACAUAUAGAAGGCCAUGGAAGAAGCAAGAGGAGCAGACUGUCACGGCCGUUCACAGUCUCUCUCGCCCAGCCCGAGCCUAAAUUUGGUUCUAAUUGGUGAGAGAGAGGCGGGUAAGAGCGCAGUCGGCAACGCCGUCCUGGGCACCAAGGCGUUUGACGAGGUGGGGAUGAGGACCAGAGUGAGUGUCCGUCGCGAGGGCAUGGUCAGGGGACAGCGGGUGUUGGUGGUGGACACUCCAGGCUGGGAGUGGUUCAACCUGGGCGGCAGCCGGGCAUCACCUGAACAUGUGAGAAAGCAGAUGGUGGCUAGUAUGAAGCUGUGCCAUCCUGGUGCUCAUGCACUGCUCCUGGUGGUCCCGCUAUCCUUCUCCUUUUCAAGCCGCGAGCGCCGCGUCGCGGAGGAACAUGUGGAACUGUUUGGUCCACAAGCUUGGAGCCACACGCUGGUGCUUUUCACCGUGAAGGACACCAAGCAGCUGCAUCCAACCACCAUCCAGGAGGAAGUGGAGGACAACGCAGAGCUGGAGAAGCUGGUGGAGAAAUGCGGCAGGCGCUACCACGCCCUCUACAGUCAAACCGGCGGUGGGGAAGACCUAGUGGCUAAACUUCUGGCUAAAAUCCAAGCGAUGGUUUCUGCUAAUGGAGAAUCAGUGAUCCUCAGUGAGGAGGUGAUGAAGCUGGCCAGGGAGAGAGAAGAGGAGGAGGAGAGGCAGGAGGAGGUAGAGAGGAAGGAGAAAGAAGAGAAAGUGCGAAGAUGGAAGGAGGCACUCAGGAAAAAGGAGAUGGAGGAGGGGGAGGGCUCGGAGGAUGAAGAAGAGGAGGAGAUGGAGGGACGGAGGAGAAGAACUGAGACAGCAGAGAGCUUUGAAGCUCAGGACUCCUCAGAGAUCUUGAGCAGCAGACCAGACUCUCGUGUUUGUUGUAAGACACAGUAAUGUAGAAGAGAAAAAUGAAGGGAGGAUGAGAAGACAGAGAAGUCCCAGCGAUGGAACACGGAGAAUUUUCUUCUAUAUGAAAUAGGAGUCUUAACAAAACCUCUACAUCUCUUUCUCUAUCGCUGCUGUCGGAAUAAAACCUUGUAUCUCCAUUUUUGUCAGUUUUUCAGUUUUUGACAUAAUUUGAAAAUACCUGUUGUUCUUUAUACUGUGUGGACAUUUCAUGAUGAACGGACCAAAAGAAACGGCCCAAAAUGACUUGGAAAAAAGUCUGGUUCCAUUGACUUACAUUAAAAGUAAAGUAUGUUUUUUUAUUUCUUCUGUAAAGUUACCAUUUUGGAGAUACAAGGUUUUGUUCCCAUAACUGCGAUAUGUACUUCUUUGCACAGAAUUAUGUGAAAUUCCAUUUGAAAUGCAACAUAAACAUGUCAUAAUAGAUGACAAAAUGUGUCUAAGUGUCAAAGCACUUAAUGACCAAAGAGGUAAAGCAGGGUCAUCUUUAUUUUGUCAGUCCAGAAAUGAGGUGUUGCACUGAAAAUAAUAUAGUUGUUCAAAGUAAAAUAUGAGGACUUUUAUUUUGGAAAAUAUCUCAGUAUCUCAGUAAAAUGACAUAGUAGUCCAUAUUAAUGUCAUGUAAAACGUAUACUUCAUGAAUGUUGAUUUAAACAUUCAUUAAAAUGUUGAGAAAUGUUUAUGUAUGUUAUGAAUGUGUAAUGCAGACACCCUUCAAGUGUUACCGAAAAUGCGUUAUAUGGAAACAAAUACAAUUUGCAAGUUCUUAUAUAGGGUUAUGAUAUCAUAUGUCAUAAUGCAAACUGGAAGUUUCUUUGGCAGUGGCAGUAUAAUGUGUUAUGAACACUAUUUAUAAUGCAUUAUGUAGCCAUGUUAAUGCCAUAUGAAGCCACUGUAAAGUUUUAUUUAACACUACUAUUUUACUAAUGCAUUUUGUCCAUUCCAACUUGUUUACAAACUUCAGAUAAACCAAAUAUUAUUAUGCAUA